CACAGCUCUCGCGCAAUGCUUUUCAAUGGGAAAAGUGUUGGAAACUAUUUUGACGGAUAGGUCCACUUUGUCAACACAAUACUCAGCCAUUUCUUAA